CUAAUGAGUGAGUACUACAGAAGUGACGCAUGACAGCGGAUCUUUGAACUAGAAAAUCCAUUUUGAAAGUUUCUCGCCACGCAAACGGGUUGUGUUUCUCUUGUACACGAAUGCAGUGAAAGCAGAAAGCGUUGAGUGAGAGUCACUGUUGCUGCUGCAGCGCUUUGUGUGCGUGUAUUCUCUAUAGACUAGAGCAUCAGUGUUGUUAGCGCCUUCAGCAGCUUCACAGUGCUCCUGUUCAUCAGGAUGGUUGUGCUGAAGAGUUUGCAUCCACCCAGCGAGGGCGUGAGGCUCCAGCAGCCCGACACCACUGCAUUUGUGGACGGGAAGAGACUGGGAUCAGGAACUCUGUUUGUGGCUGAGGCGCAUCUGUCCUGGUUUGAUGGUUCAGGGAUGGGUUUUUGUCUUGAAUACCCCUCCAUCAGUCUCCACGCAGUCUCACGAGAUCUCAGCGCCUUUCCAGAAGAGCACCUGUAUGUGAUGGUCAAUGCAAAGCUGGACGAUGAAGCAGAAGCAGAGCAGCUGGAUAAAGCUUCGGAUGACGAGGAGAGCAACAGUGACGAUGAAGACUCAGGAACUAUCACAGAGAUCCGCUUCGUGCCCAGUGAUAAAGCCGCAUUGGAGCCCAUGUUCUCCAGCAUGUGUGACUGUCAGGCCCUGCACCCCGACCCCGAUGACGUCGACACCGAUGAUGACGAUUACGAGGGAGAGGAGUACGACGUCGAGGAGGCUGAGCAAGAGCAGGGUCAGCAUCAGGUUCAGGGCGACGUCCCCAUGUUUUACAGCUAUGAGGAGGGUUUGUCUCAGCUGACGGCCGAGGGUCAGGCCACACUGGAGCGGCUGGAAGGGAUGCUGGCUCAGUCCAUCACUCAGCAGUACCACAUGGCUGGAGUCAGAAACGACGAGCCAUCGGCUCAAUUUGAAGUCGCUGGAGGAUGAGUGUCGUGUGAGACUCAAAAGGCUGUGUGUCUGUAAUGAGCAGGAUUUCCUGAGCACUAAUGGAUUUGGAGCGGGUAAAGCCCAGAGGAGCAGCUCAGGGGAGGACAGUCGUAAUUUAAUACGGUGAAUAAACCUGUUUUUUGUCUGUGUUCAGAAGGAAUGGAAGUCGACUCAAACACAGUCGCUGGACAGUUUGAUGACGCCGAUGUGGAUCACUGGUAAAUAUAUACAAACGUGUCUUCAAAAUCACAUCUGACCAAUUCCAUUUCCUGUCCAGGCCAGUGUUAUUUAUAUUGUUGUGGAAAUUAUAAUUCAAUAACAAUUUGUAGAGACUGAGAAUGAAAAAACAAA